GCAAUGACGGCGAAGGGGACGACAUAGAGAAAUCGACCAACCGAACACCGACCAUUGUUCAGCCAGAUCUUCACAAUGUCGAUUGACAGCACGGCACGAUAUGUGCCCAGCAAGACGCUCCCUAGCGAGUAUCCGCUCAUAGACAAUGACCCACACUUCAAGCGUGUUGUCUCAUACGCGAGGCCAUCCGAUUAUGCGGUCGGUGCUACUGCGGCCGCAGCCGGACCCGGUCUUCUUGUCCUGAUGGAGAGGAUCUCGCCCUCUUUGGUCGGCAGGGGCGGUUUUGCCCAGGCAAUGAGGCUUACGGGAGCCGUUGGAGUCACGGGGGGUUUCCUCCUCUUCUAUCAGAGAUCUUGCCUACGCUUCUUUGGCAUGUCGGAGAACUCGCGCGAGGUAGACAUGGACAUGCGCGAGAUGGUGGACAAGGUCAAGAAGGGCGAGCCACUGUACGGCGUGUCGCAGCUGACGCCCAAUAUGCAGGGUGUCGCGGCCAGGCAGUCGCGUUACUCGGCCCUCUUCCACGAGGUUGUGCCGUGGUUCAACUUUGUGAACCACAACCAGCAUGGAGUAGACACGGCCAAGUACUACAGGCAGGCUGAGCGAGAACUCGCAGCGGAGGGCAAGGUGUUGAAAGAGUCUUCAUGAAUUGGAUACGACUGAGACCAUUCAAAGCUUGGAAAGAGCUCUGCGGGUGUUUUGAGAGAUGCAACGGGCUAAGGACAGCAGGAUUCGAUCACGAAACGUCACGCCACAUCAAAUGAGGCGAACGACGUGCGUGCUUGCUGACAUGAUCCGAGUUGUUAUACGGGCAUGUGUGGUGCCAACUAUGUACAUAUACACCUUCUAGAUGCGCCGACAUGAAGCCUGUCGACAUCUACAGAAGGCAACACAAGAGUGAAUUUCAUGUGUCUUUCGGCGAG